CACCCACACAUUAGGGUUUGGUAAUCACCAUUUCUGUUUUGAGAAAAUGAAACUAGGAUAUAAAUGUUGAUCAGCUGGGUCUCGGUGAAAAAUUAUUUUGUGAUUAUCUUUAAUAUAUUUUAUUGUUUUUCCUUUUUUUUUUUUUCACAGAAAGGAGAAUGCAGUACAUUUGACAAAGACACACAGUACCCAGAGGACAGAGAUAAUGAGUUCACCUGAUUUUUGGAACUCUCCACAAGUACAGUAUUGCUUUGCUUUUGUUAACAAUUCAUGCCCUAGAAAUGUGAGGUCUUUACCGAGUGUUUGUGCCAUGUAUAUUGCUAUGAUUGCUGCUAUAGUUAUGACCAUGUUGGGCAACAUGGUAGUGAUCAUCUCCAUUGCCCACUUCAGACAGCUCCACUCCCCGACCAACUUCCUCAUCCUCUCCAUGGCCACCACAGACUUCUUGCUGAGCUGUGUAGUCAUGCCCUUCAGUAUGGUCAGGUCCAUUGAGUCCUGCUGGUACUUCGGAGACCUCUUUUGCAAAGUUCACAGCUGCUGUGACAUCAUGCUCUGUACCACCUCCAUUUUCCACUUAUGUUUCAUCUCAGUGGACCGCUACUAUGCUGUUUGUGACCCUUUGCAUUAUGUCACCAAAAUUACCAUUCCUGUCAUAGAAGUCUUUUUAUUCAUUAGUUGGUCUAUUCCAAUCUUCUUUGCCUUUGGCCUGGUGUUCUCAGAAUUAAACUUAAUCGGUGCUGAAGAUUUUGUUGUAGCCAUUGACUGUGAGGGUUUGUGUGUGUUGAUAUUUAACAAGCUCUGGGGGGUGCUGGCCUCCUUUAUAGCUUUCUUUCUCCCUGGGACUGUAAUGGUGGGGAUUUACAUACACAUUUUCACAGUAGCCAGGAGGCAUGCUAAGCAAAUUGGGAUGGGCCCUACAACGAAACAGGUUGGGUCAGAAAGCAAAACAAAGUCUUCAUCGAAAAAAGAAAGUAAGGCCACCAAGACGUUAAGCAUAGUCAUGGGAGUGUUUGUGUUGUGCUGGAUGCCCUUUUUUGUCUUGACAAUCACAGACCCUUUCAUUAAUUUCACAACUCCUGAAGAUUUGUACAAUGCCUUCCUCUGGCUGGGUUACUUCAAUUCUACUUUCAAUCCCAUUAUCUAUGGCAUGUUUUAUCCUUGGUUUCGUAAGGCUUUGAGAAUGAUUUUCACAGGCAUCAUCUUCCAUCCUGACUCUUCUACACUAAGUCUGUUUCCUGCACAUGCCUAG